AUGGACGCCAGCUGCUAUGCGACCUCGUCCAGCAACGCUUCUGAAACCCAAACUGCUGCACACUCGAAGCCCACCGAUGAAGCUCUUCAGAAAAAUCGCCAGCUCCCAGCAAAAAGCACUAAAAAACGUCAACGAACAACGUUCUCCCAAGCGCAAUUGCAUGUUCUUGAAGAAGCGUUCUCACGUCAGCAAUACUUGGUAGGCAGUGAACGUCUGCGUCUUGCCGGCCUAUUAAACAUUGGAGUCACUCAGGUGAAGGUGUGGUUUCAAAAUCGGCGCAUUCGCUGGCGACGCGAGCAGCGGCAAAUGUUGCUGAACAUGCAGCACCAUCAGCCACUCCACGGUCCUCCUUCGCCAACGAUGAUAUCUUUGAAUAGUUCCACCUCUACGUUGGCACGAGCACUGGAUGAUAGAGAAGAAGUACCAUCUCCUACGCCUUCAGAAAGCUACGUAGCUGAAAAUUUUGGUCAACGAAAUUAA